ACACCAACAAAUAAGUCAGAUGCGAAAGCUCGACGGCAGCAGUUAUGGCGUCGUCAGCUGCGACUCGCACCGCGGCCGGUGCGGCCAAAGUUGUAAAGCCCAUUUUUAGCAGGGAUUUGGACGAAGCGAAACGCAGAGUCCGGGAGCUUUACCGAGCCUGGUACCGAGAAGUCCCUAACACAGUGGCGAUGUUUCAGCUGGAUAUCACAACGCAACAGGGUCGAGACAAAGUGAGGGAGAUGUUCAACAAAAACAAACAUGUCACUGACCCCCGUGUGGUCGACAUGUUGGUUAUUAAGGGGAAAAUGGAACUCCAGGAGACCAUCCACGUAUGGAAACAGAAGACACACAUUAUGCGUUACUUCCAUGAGUCUGAGGAACCACGCCCUGCUGAUUUCCUUUCCAAAUUUUACCGGGGUCACGAACCCUGAACUCCAACUUGGCUUGCACCCACGCCCCCUUUUUUUUUUUGCUUGCCUAUUGUGACAGAUGUUUCCUUUCAUUGUAAAUACACACGAAACAUUCAAA